AUGUCAAAUAUUAAUAAUAUUGUUAAUCAGCAAAAUAGUAAAAACAAAACAAAAGUGCCCAGGCGGCCUCCAAAUUUAAACACUCAUGCUUCUAGGUCCACAUAUGAUGAGACAACUACAAUUAAUAAUCUAGAUAAAAAUUUUACUCUUGUUACAAAAGCUAAAAGAAUUCACUCUUCAUCAUCUCAAACCUCAUUGUCAAGCGAUCAGGUCAAUAAAGUCGCAAAAUAUUAUAAAAAAAAAAAAACCAAACUGUUUAAAUCUUUAAAUCGAUUCGAAAUCCUAAAUCAAGAUGUUGAGCCUGACUUAAACUCGUCAUCGCACCAGCCUAUGGAACAAAAUAAUGAUAACUCAGACGAAGUUUUCAACCCCCCCCCUCUCUUGUUUUCGUGAGGGGCGUGGAAAACUACUUAGACCUAUGUACAGCUUUAAUUGAACUAAUUGGGGUAGAUAAUUUCUUCUGUAAAGCGUUUGCUAACCGUUUAAAGAUUCAAACAUCGAAUCCUGAAUCUUACAGAGCACUUAUUAAUUUUCUAAAAGAUCAAGGAGCUGAAUUUCAUUCAUAUCAGCUUAAACAAGACAAACCACUCUGUGUCGUUAUACGGAAUCUUCAUCCAACCAUAAAGGUAGACACUAUUAAAGAAGAACUUGAAGUUUGUCUGUUUGAAAUAAGACGUGUUACAAAUGUUCUCCACAAAAAAACUAAAAUUCCACUUCCGCUCUUCUUCGUAGACUUAGAGCCAACAAUCAGGUCAACUGAAAUAUUUAAUCUGUCCUCACUGCUACACACAAAAAUUAAAGUUGAAGAGCCCUACAAAUCCAAAACAAUCAGCCAAUGCAAUAACUGCCAGGAAUACGGUCACACUAAAAUCUACUGUGGAUACCCCACACGCCGUGUUCGUUGUGGCUCAAAUCACAAAUCCUCGGACUGUCCAAAUUAACGCUCGAUUCCACCAAAGUGUGCACUCUGUGCAGGCGAUCAUCCUGCAAGUUACAAAGGUUGUUCCAUUUACAAGCAUCUCCAGUGUGCCAAAAAACCAUUUAUCAAAAGUAACUUUGUACCAACUAACAAUAGAGUAAAUACCACAACUGUUAGUGAUAGUCAUCCAAUAAAUGACACCCACCCAAUUCAGCCCGAUCCUCGUUCCUAUGUCCAAGUCAUUUCUGGUAGAACAGCUAAUGACUUGACUCCUCCAAUUACUCCUGAUUUAAAUACUACCAUCACAAAUUUCCUUGAGGAUUUCAAAUCGUUAAUAAAUCCUCUAAUGUCACUACUUACCAAAGUAAUUGAAAAACUUCUUGCUAAAUAAAAUGUCAAACAACACAGGUACAAAUAAAUCACUCUUAAUUCUACAAUUUAAUGCAAACGGAAUAAAAAUAUCACAUCAAUGAACUCCAAACAGUGCUAUAUAAUUUACGCAUUGACUUAGCACUAAUAACCGAAACCCAUUUCACCAAAUACUCCAACAUUUAUAUACCUGGGUAUAAACUUUUAAAAACAAACCAUCUUGACAAUACAGCUCACGGUGGUGUUCCUAUUCUCAUUAUUCUAAUUGCUUUAACUCUAUUCAUAACAAUUGCAUUGUAGGCGGUGACUUCAAUGCAAAACACCACUCCUGGGGUUAUGGAGCUAACAACCCGCGUGGUGAAGUUCUUCACAAUUUGUAACUAGAGGUAAUCUAAAAGUUCUUGCUCCUUCUGGUCCAACUUAUUGGCCGACCUCAGCUCGCAAAAAAACAGAUAUUCUAGAUACAGUGUACUCCUGAUUAUCCGUGGAAUAGGAUGGCAGGAUAUCCACGGAUAAACGANAUUCUUAUCAAUGAACUCCAAACAGUGCUAUAUAAUUUACACAUUGACUUAGCACUAAUAACCGUAACCCAUUUCACCAAAUACUCCAACAAUUAUAUAUCUGGGUAUAAACUUUUAAAAACAAACCGUCCUGACAAUACAGCUCACGGUGGUGUUGCUAUUCUCAUAAAAAAUUCAAUCCAAUUUUAACAUCUUCCACAUUUUUGAUUGGAUUAUCUACAAUUAUGUGCCCUAAUCAUCAAAUUAAAUAAUAUUCCUAUUACUAUUGCGGCCAUAUACUCCCCUCCAAAACACAAGAUCACAAUUCAAAAUUAUUCUUAUUACUUUAACUCUAUUCACAACAAUUGCAUUAUAGGCGGUGCCUUCAAUGCAAAACACCACUCCUGGGGUUGCCGAGCUAACAAUCCGCGCGGUCAAGUUCUUCACAAUUUUGUAACUAGAGGUAAUCUAAAAGUUCUUGCUCUUCCUGGUCCAACUUAUUGGCCUACCUCAACUCGCAAAAAACCAGAUAUUCUAGAUAUUUUUAUUACGAAAAUACCAAACAAUAUUCAUUGUAUUAUGGAGAAUAUUCUCAAUUUAAAUUCUGACCAUUCUUCAAUAUUGCUAACUCUUAAUGUCUCUCCUCCACUACGUCAGGAAUCCCCGAAAUUAUUUAAUUAUACUACUAAUAAAAGUAAAUUUCAUGACCUUGUUGACCAACAAAUCAAAUUAAACAUUAAAUUAAAAUCCAAUGAUAAUCUGGAUCUAGCUGUUAAUAAUCUUACCAACCUAAUUCAAUCUGCGGCUUGGUCAUCCACAGUCACAACUUUUAACCCUUCUAAAACUCCUACUUUGCCAGUCCACAUUCGUGAAAUCAUUGUUGAAAAAUGUAGGACAAGGGCUCUUUACCAACGAACCUGCCUCCCUUCACACAAGCAAAAAUACAACAAACUGGCCAAUCAUUUAAAAAAAUUGUUAGCUAAGCUCAAAUCAAAAUCUUUUGAAAGUUUCCUAACUAAUCUCUCACCAAAUGAUGGUAGUCUUUGGAAAACAACAAAAAAUGCGUGCAAAACCAAAGCCCCUAAUGUGUCAAUAAAAAAAAUGAUGGUAGUCUUGUUAUAUCUGACUCAGAUAAAGCCGAAAUGUUCAAACUCUAUCUAUCUGAUAUAUUCAAACCUCACUCAGAUAUAUUCUCUCCUAAUAACAUCAACCCUGUGGAAGAGUAUCUAAACUCCCCACUACCACUAGCUCGUCCUGUCAAACACUUUACUCUGAAUGAAGUUAAAUAUGCCAUUUACAAAUACUCUUUCAAAAAAUCUCCCGGAUUUGACCAUAUUACUGCUGAAGUUGCCAGGUGCCUACCAAAACAAGCGAUCAUCCACCUCACACAUUUAUAUAACUCCGUGCUUAGGCUAUCAUAUUUUCCUUCCCUUUGGAAAUUCUCUAUUAUUAUUCUUGUUCCAAAGCCCAAUAAACCCCCUGACUCCAUCUCCUCCGACCCAUAAGCCUACUACCUUUUUUUGCUAAAAUCCUCGAAAGACUUUUACUCAAAUGCAUUUUACCUUGCUUAACUGUUAAUUCCAUUCUUCCCGACUCCUAGUUUGGUUUUCGAUCUACCCACUCAACAAUCCAUCAAGUUCAUAGAGUUGUAGAUGCGAAAAAUUAAAUUGCACAUGCGUUUUUCUUGAUAUCACUCAGGCAUUUGAUAGGGUCUGGCACGACGGACUACUUUUCAAAUUGAAAAAAAUUUUACAUCCUGUAUACUUCCUGGUCAUUAAAUCCUAUUUAACAGACAGAUAUUUCAGUACUCGUUUUGGUGAAACUCUCUCCAGUAUAGCCAAAAUCUCGGCGGGUGUUCCUCAAGGUGGAAUUCUUUUGCCUGUGCUCUUUAACAUCUACGCAUAUGACCAACUCACCUCCCCGAACACAAUAGUCGCUGACUACGUGGAAGAUAAAGCAAUAAUCUCAGUGAAUCAUGACUCGGUUGUUGCCUCCCACCAUCUCCAAACUCAUCUCUCCUUCAUGGAAGAAUGGUACACCAAUUGGUGGUUGAAAAUAAAUCAAUCAAAAUCUGUGCAUUGUACAUUUACCCUUAGACUUGCACCCUGCCCAGCUGUCUCCAUUCAUGGUAUCUCUAUUCCAAAUUCACAAACAGUUAAAUAUCUUGGGCUAACACUGGAUCAAAGAUUAACCUAG